GAAAGACCCGACGGGCAAUUCUCUCCAAAAUCACCCUUGGACAUCUUAUGUUGAUCUGGCCACCCCGAGGGUCUUUUCUAGGCCAGCCAUGUCUCAGGUCGACGUGGAAUUAGGCGAUCUCUUGGCCGAGGUGUUGCCCGCCGGUGUCAAGCUUACCAUUCGCCAUGUCUCCUCGACUCCCACUCCCUGCCCUGCGCUCUUCGCCGCACCCCCCGGCGAGACUUCCGAGCCCACCUUUUGCGAGAAUCACUUUCUGACCGCAUCAGUGGACGCGGAGGGGAAGGAUGGCGCCGAAAUCAUUGUGUUGGGGCUGGAGGUGUUGAUCUACAGCACCGCGCACCUGACGACGAUUUUCGUCUCCAAGGCCGACUCGACCGGGUUCCUACAUCUACUCCAGAACGCCCCCAAGGUCUCCCUGCUCCGGCGCAUCUCGCAGACCUUUCUUUCCUUCUUGGUCCGCACGCAUCAGCGACCGGGGGUCCGCCUCGUGGUGUCCCUGUUCGCGCGCGCGCAGAACCAGUAUCUGUUCCCCGGCAGCAUCGAGAACGAGGGCAAGCAUGUCCUCGACGACCGGGGGCUGAUCAAGUGGUGGUGCCGUGUGUUCGACCCGAUCCUCCGCGAGUACGAGCCGGAGUCCGGCUCGCACGAGAAGAACGCCCUGGAUCGACAGACGGAGUCGGCGCAGAGCUCCGCCACGGCCUUCCUGAUAGUCCCCGGGUGUGACAAGUUCGAAACCCGGGGCUUCUUUCCCAGUGCCGCUCGCCUGGACGGCCAGGAACGCCCCCGGUGGCGCAACAGCUACCCUCUGCAUCAGCUCUGCGACGACCCCAGGGCGCCGCCUCGUUGUCUGGUCCCCCGCUUCCCCGACGACCCGAAGACGCGCUUCCUGAUUGACCUGGACGAUGAGCUUUCCCCGCAGUCCGGGGACGACGGGAAGUCCUCGGUGGCGCCCGGUCAGUGGCGGAGUGUCAAGUCGCUGGAUCAGUUUUGGGAGAUGAUGUCUUUCCGCCAGGAGUGCUCUUCGGGACGAUUGGUCGGGUUCCUGUGGCUCGUCAUCAACCCGCCGGGGCUGGUCAAUUCCGUCCAGAUGACCAGCUCCCGGUCUGUUCUGGGUGACCGUAAGACCCUCUCGUGUGGUGCUGGACAUGCCGAAACCCGUGCACCGGUUACAGUACCUGAGCCACAAUCCAACGAUGCUCUGGCUUCCUCGUUGGAGCAACCUGAAGCCUUAGCAGGCCCGAAUGUCGCACAGCCGAUAGACUCCUCAGCCCCCGAACCCACGGUUGAGACCCUGUCCGUAUCCGAGUCCACGGCGCAGCGCACCACAGACGCCAGUGCGUUCUUCUGGCCUGAGGCAGGGCGUGGCCACGCUGUGCUCAGCGAAGCCGACUACAAGGCGGCAAUUGACUUCUUGAUUGAGCAGGACUUCUUCAACCAGGAGGUCUCAAUCGCCAGUACAAGAGCCUGGGGGGAGAAGAUCGCCUCACUUGCCGACCAACUCUGGGUCGGGCAACAGGUCCUGGGCCGAGGCUGCACCGACAAUCCUUCCCAGCAAACUACGGAGGUCAACACUCUCAUCAGCAGCACGCUGGUCCGUAAACGCAAGAAGGUCGAAGAUGAACCCUCCCAAACACAAGACAUCGAGAAGACGGCGGAUGAGCCCGCGCCAGACGCCAAUGCACCGCCGGCAGAUGCAACAGUGUCCACCCCUAUACUUGAGUCAACUUCCGGGGUCAAUGUUUUACAAGCCAAUUUGAUCCGCAAGAAAAAGAAGACGUAACCUCGGAGCGGCGUGCUUGCUCAGCGUAUGGUCUUGCACAGUACGAUGAGCAGCGAGGAUGGUCGAUAAGGCAUGGGCAUUGAGAACUGUACAGUAGGAUUGGGGAUAUUGGGAUACUCAGCCUGGGUUGAUCUUUCCUUUCUUUGUUUUCGCGUUUUGCUUGCGCUUUACUAGGGACUGCAUACUGGGAUUUCAUCGCUUUUUUUUUCAUUAUCUAUUCGUCUUUAGCAGGAUUUGGAGGGAGCUACUGGAGGCCGAGUUUAAACGUGGAAUUUGAAUAUCAGCGCCACGGAACGGACAACAGGCCAUUUAGCAUACUACUACUACUACUACUACUACUACUAC